GAUAAUGCAAUAGGUGCAACACUUUUUUAUAGCAUGAAGCGUCAGACCCUCCUCGUGUAUUAUCGAUAGAUCCUUUGUUUUAUGAUGCAGGUGGAAUAAUUAUUCUUUCCCUCAUAUCAUAAUUGAGCUAUACAAUGACUUUAGAUCGUUUUUUUUUUUCAGAUGAUUCUAUAUCCUUGAAUGACUCACAUGACAUCCUUUCUAUAUUCCAAAGUCUUUUUUUUUCAAAAUCUGUGAUAACACAUUGAAUAGGUGCAUCUGCUUACUCAAUUUUCAUCGUGUUCAAGCAUCUAUCACUAUUCCCUACGCUAAAUGGCGACUAAUAAAGUCAAGAAGUCUUUUAAAAAAUAUGCCAGAAAGCACUUAGCAGAUGUGAUUGAGACACGGCGCAAGACUUCUAAAGCCAGAAAAGAGAAAAAGGAAAGAGUAGAUCGUAAGAAGCAGCGCACCGAGAAGGAGGCUCGUCGUGAAGAAGAAGAGCAUGUCGAACAACUCGAACGGCUCAAGGAAACUGACCCGGAGUUCUACUCCUACUUGGAGGAAGAGGACCCAACUCUUCUGCAGUUUGGAAACGAUGACAUGGAAUUGGUAAAUAAGGACGUGGAUAGUGACACAGAGACAGAGGCAGACGAAGAAGAUAUAGAGGAUGAUCAGAAACUAGGCGACAAGGGGGAUGGAGAGGAGUCGAAUCCAGACUUUUCUGGUGAAAAUGACCGUAAUGAGGAGGGUGAGUCGAGAAGUACGGGUCGCAUCACCCAGUCGGAACUAGACCAGUUGAUAGGUGGUAAUAAAAUUGAACAGUGCAUCGAUAUAUUUGUGUCUGCUGUUCGUGAACUGGGCUAUAAACUAAAGGAGAACCCCCGCUCUAGCUCUACCCGAAAGUUCGAGGAUACUUCCUUAGUGAAGAAGUCCAUGUUGUUGGUGGCACAACACGUCAGCAAAAACCUCAACACAUUGAUUACCGGAAAAGGCGCGUUCCGUUCACAUAAGACUCGCUACCUCUUUAAGCGUCUGCUCUGUUCCCUUACUGCCGUCAUGAACGAAGGAAGCGUAGAUACGCAGUUAACGGUGGGUCUGCUGCAUGCUUUCACCGUUUUUGUGCCCUUACUCCAUUACGUGAAAGGGAUCACAAAGUCCGUUCUUAGGUUUUCACUUUCUCUCUGCACAGUUUCGGAAGAGCCCGUGCGCAUUGCAGCCUAUAUGAUUGUCCGCGCGAUUGCCACACGCGCCACUGGGACUCGCUCGAUGUAUCAGUCCGCAGCCUUCAAAGGCAUUUUUCUAGCAGUCAUCCGAACAGGGGCUCGAUACAAUGUUCAUAAUCAGGCCAUCAUAGCCUUUUUGAUUAACUGCACCAUUGACCUCUACGGGACAGACAUGGAGGCGGCCUAUCAACACGCCUUUGUGUAUCUCCGCCAGCUUGCGGUUUAUCUGAGGGCAGCGCUGCAGCAGCAGAGUCAAGGCAACGUACGCGCGGUGGUCAAUUGGCAGUACCUACUAGCGCUCCGCACAUGGAGUUCGGUGGUGUCGACGUAUUCAGAACCGUCUCAGUUAGGCCCUCUUAUUCAUCCGGUUGUUCAAAUCGCAAUCGGUCUCAUGGACCUCUUUUCGUCCCCUCGAAUGUUCCCCAUGCAUUUGCAAAUCAUUGAGGUGCUCAACCAUAUUUCCACUCGGGCGAACGCCGUCUACAUUCCGGUCGCUCCCUACCUUCUUCGGAUCCUCACUUCACCAAGUGUCGCCCUAUCGAACUCACCCAAUGCAGCUGCCAGCACCGAGCCCGUUGAGCUGCAGUACACCAUUCGGGUAAAAAAGUCUCAAGCUCGCAGCAAUGUCUACCACCGGGCAGUUUGGACUGAGGUUCUCUACCUUUUCACGGAGCACUUAGCCACGCACAGCCACACCAUUGGGUUUCCCGAAACGUUCUGGGCUAUGAGCAGUACGCUGCGGAAGCUUCUUGGCGAGGUCAAAGUCCCCAAGAUCCACUCACAGAUCAGUGCGUUGCUGCGUCACAUACAGAGCACGUCGCAGAGGAUUGUGACCAAGCGUGACACUGUUACAUUUGGCCCUUGCGACUUGUCUGCUGUGAAGCAGUUCGAGGAAGAGCUCAAGAGCCAAGGCAGCCCCCUUGAAACAUACUACCGGAGCCUGCGCCAGCAGCGUGUGGAGUUGUUUGCUCAGAAACAGAAGAGUUUGUUAGGGGAACAACGCGUGACCUUGGAAUCUGUGGCAAAUUCGCGUAGCAAAAAAAUGAAGGCUUCUAAACGCACACGCAGUGCCGCUUAG